ACGACCGUGUGUAUACAAAAACACAACACAAAACGAACGAAAAUAUCCAAUAAAAGUGUAAAAUAUCCACACAGUCGGAGCCAUCGAAAAUAUAACAAAAAAAACUUACCCAACGAGUUCCAUCAAAUGGCGAAAGGAAAUUAUCGAGCCUAAGUUUUAUAUUUAUAGAUUAAACAAAUCUCACCGACGACCCUGGACAAUCCUCGAAAACACACCGGCGAAAGGUGAAGAUCGUCUCGAACCCUCAUCAGCUGGGAAAGAGCAAUCCUCCAUCAACAAUAACAGCAAGUGGGCUCUCCAUCGGAGAAAAUUAUAUAAUGGACACAUUUUUUGUGGCCAUAUCAUUAUUCCGUCGUCGAAAAUAUGAUGAGUGCAUCGAGGUGUGCAACGGACUACUGCAGAAUAAUGCCCUUCAUCAAGGUCCUUGGGAGCUGAAGAUGCGAUCUAUGACCCAGCGAGUGUACAUCGACGAUAUCGAGGCGGACGAUGAUGUUGCAGAGGAUAUUUUGGACACGCACACCAUUGCAACUGCACCACGGCCCGGUACCUCGAUCCGGACUGCGGCGGCCCUGGCCGGUUCAACUGCAGCAGGAAAGGCAACGGCAGCUGGGGCAAGACCUCGCACCGGGACCGGCAGACCAAUUACCGGCAUCUCUCGACCGGGAACGCUUUCCCUUCAACGACCCGGAUCCACUUUGGGCAAUAAAACGGCCAUGAAAACCGCAAGAACGGCCGGAUCAGCCAGAAAUAUACGGCUGGGAUCGGCUUCGAUGUUUGCUGUUGGCGACCCGACUGGGCCACUAUUUCACGUUUCCCGGCUUCAUCCGGACAAGUACGCUGACAAGGAUUGCCUUUCGAAGCCACUGUUCCAGUAUCUGUACUAUCACGAGGGCGAAAUCCGCAAGGCGAUGGCCCUUUGUGAUGCUGUGCUUAAUCUGAAGCGAACUGAAGCCGGCUGGUGGUGGAAUACCCAGAAGGCUCGCUGUCUGAUUGCUACUGGAAGUCCCCGGGAGGCGGAACCUUAUCUUCGGGUUGCCCUGGCGCAAAUGUAUCAUCCCGAUACCGUGCUGCUUCUAGCGAGGAUCUACAUUAAAAUUGAUCAACCUACGGCGGCCCUGGAAGUUUGCAAGUACGGACUUGAGCGAUUGCCGAAUGAUGUCACACUGCUAACGCAACAGGCCCGGGUUCUAGAGCUGGUGGGAAAUCUAACGGCCUCGGUCCGCCGCUACCGGCAAAUAUCCCAAUGGGAUCCGAUGAACACGGAAGCGCUGGCCUGCAUAGCCGUGAGCUACUUCUAUGGGAACCAACCGGAAACGGCAUUGCUGUACUAUCGCAGAAUUUUGUCAAUGGGGGCGCACAGUGCCGAACUUUAUUGCAACAUCGGACUGUGCUGUCUGUACGGAGGUCAGCUGGACUUGGUGUUCCCCUGCUUUCAGCGAGCAAUCCGGAUGGCAACGACGCCGGAACUGAAGGCUGACAUUUGGUACAAUUUGAGCUUCGUUGCAAUGACGACCGGAGAUCAGCACCUAGCCAGGCGUUGUUUGCGAUUGUGCAUCGCUACUAAUGGUUCUCACGGGGCGGCACUCAACAAUAUGGCCGUUAUGGUAGCCCGACAGAAGCAGUUCUCCAAAGCCAAAUCUUACCUGAUGGCAGCCAAGGGAGCCUUACGGAAUUGUGAAGAAAUUCAAAACAAUCUGGAAUACAUUGAAAAUUUUGAAUAA